AUGUCUUUGGCUAAUCCUGCAUCUAGUAAGUUGAACUGGGCCAAGGUUAUUUCUACUUUGAAGUUGUCUGGUAAGACAGCAGCGCAAUUAUCCGCAUUCAAGAAGAGAAACGACGAGGCCAGAAGACAAUUGUUCGAAUUGAAAGCUCAAGAAACGUCUGUUGAUUUCGAAUACUACCGUUCCGUGUUGAAGAAUAGUGCUGUGGUGGACAAGAUUGAACAAUCUUUCAAAUCGUACAAGCCAGCUACUUUGGAUGCUUCCAAGCAACUAUCGACCAUCGAGGCUUUCGAAUCGCAAGCUAUUUCCAAUGCUAGAGAGACGGAAGAGUUGGUUGCCAGCGAGCUGAAGGCGUUGCAGGAAACUUUGAAGAACAUCGAAUCCGCCAGGCCAUUUGACCAACUUACUGUCGACGAAUUGGUCAAGGCUAGGCCAGAGAUUGACGCCAAGGUCGAGGAAAUGGUCAAGAAGGGCAAAUGGGAGGUCCCAGGCUACAAGGAGAAAUUUGGCGACCUCACCGUUAUGUAG